AUGGCCCCAGAGCGAAAAUUUCGACCCCAGAAAGCAGCCAAAGUCGCAUUCGCGGUUGCUGAUGAAAAUGAUACCAAUGGCAAUGCGAAGGGCGACCUGCUUGAAAAGGAUGAGACUGAAGAAGAGCUAGAAAGGCUGAUAUUCGGUGACUCUGAGGGGUUCCACAGUGCACUCAAGGAGCACGAUGAUUCAAGAGACCUGGUUCUUGCAGCUGGAUCAGGGUCAGAAGAUGAAUUGGGAGACGGAAAUGCGUCGGAGGAUGAUUUGGCAGGUGUAGCUGAUGCCGAUCUAUUCUAUCUCGACGCUGGGGACUCCGUUCCUCUGGCUGUUAUGCCAGAGGAUGGACAGCCAGCCGGAGAAUUAGACUCAUUUGCAGAGUCAGGGAUCCCUGCCGCAUGGGAGGACAGCGACGACGACCGCAUCCGGGUCUCCCUAGCUGAUAACGAACGGCUGAGAAAAUUACGACUUACGGAGGCUGAGGAUGUGAUAAGCGGGAGAGAAUAUAUUGUCCGUCUUAGAAGACAGUUUGAACGACUCCAGCCGGCUCCAGAAUGGGCUAACCCUGCGCCCAAGAGACGAAGGACGGAUGCGGAAGACAUGUCUGAUCAGUCGAUGGAUUAUGCGGACUCCGACGAAGAAGACUCCAUGACAGCACAGCCCUUGGCAAAGUUGUUGCAGAAUAUAGGUGAUUUGACUAGGGAUGUCUCGACAGAUGCAGCUACCGGGAAGCGGAAACUCCGUCAAGGUGUCUUGGACGUUCAGCGUUCGAAAGAUGUUGGUGGAAACCAACCGUCCUCAAUUGACUCGCUAUCAUUCCACCCCCAUUACCCCCUCCUACUCUCUUCGGGGCCGGCUUCUACCCUUUUUCUGCACCAUAUAUCACCCGAGGCUGCUUCUCCCAACCCACUUCUUACGUCCCUCCAUAUUCGCCGUACGCCUCUUAGGACUAGCGCCUUUGCUCCUCCAACAGGCAACCGUAUCCUUUGUUCUGGCCGUCGACGAUACUUUCACGUCUGGAACCUGGAUACGGGCAAGAUCGAGAAAAUCAACGGCCCAGCUGAUCGUAAACACGAACUAAGAUCCAUGGAACAUUUCAAGGUGUCCCCAUGUGGCCGCUGGAUCGGAUUCGAAGGCACCACCAAAAAGGGCGGUGGAGUUAUCAUCGUUCUUGACGCAACGACCAUGCAAUGGACAGCUCAAGUACGUAUCGACAGUCGCGGAGGAGUUGCAGACUUCGCCUGGUGGAGGGAUGGAGAAGGUAUGUGUGUAGUCGGUAAGAAUGGUGAAGUUAGCGAGUGGGACCGACGUGAGAAACGCAUUAUUUCCCGAUGGGUUGACGAAGGUGCCGUUGGCACAACAAUCUUGAGCCUGGGAGGACAAACGGGCCGACAAGAACUGGGAGGCGAUAGAUGGGUUGCCAUUGGUAGUUCCAGCGGUAUUGUAAACAUCUAUGACCGAAAGCCUUGGGCAGAUGCUGCUGCGUUAGCCAGCAGAGGCAAGUCAUCACAAUCAGUCAAAGAAGCGGCGGAUGUUCAGUUUGGAAUCCCCCAAAGGCCGAAACCGACUCGUAUGUUGGAUCAAUUGACAACCCCGACCAGUCAUCUCGUAUUUUCCAGCGACGGGCAGUUCCUCGUUAUGGCCAGCCGUUGGAAGAGGGACGCAUUGAGACUCAGUAAUACUGCCCUUUCACCCUUAGCCCCUUAUUCGCCAUAA